AUGUGGAUAGCUUACGGCGAAAUGUUAUGGAUUACCACGCAGGCUUCCUUUUGGGCAGCGCAAGCUGUCACAGGUGGCUGGUCACCGAUGAACAUAUUCCUUGGCUUCCUAACCGUAUUAUUACAAAUCGUACUGGUCGUUCAUUUGAUGAAAGGUAUCAGAGAUUUCCGAUUAUCCCUACUGAUCGUCUACAUGACAAAGUCGUUUUUCCGGACGCCAGAAGAAAUUUCUUGUGGUGGUCAUCAGAACCACUUUGACAAGCUGGAGAAGGGGCAAAAAAUGGAGAAGGUCUCCUCGUCGCCGUCAAAGGCCGCCCAGAUCUGCUCGGCGGCGAAAACAGAAAAGGUGGGGCGGAGUCCGAAGAAGUCGGCCUCAUCUGAUCCGAGGAGUCCUCAGAAAAGCUUCAAAAACUCAAACCAACUACCACUGGUCCAUCAGCCAAUGUCUUUAUGUGAUGCGUCAAUCCCGAAAAUUGAUGAUGUCCCUGAGAUUGCCGAGAUACACUGC